CUAGGUCACAGUAGAUUCGGAUCACAUUAAACGAAGCACGAUGAGUCACGACAAUGACGACAUGAAUGAAUACUGAUUAGUUUUGGCGGGAAAACUACGUACCUUAUCAUUUUUAUCAUUUUCACUUUUCAGUUCAGUGUUCUCAGUGUUCAACCUAAUACGUUCAAUAUAGGUAUAGUUAAACUUCAAAAAUCAAAAAUAUGGUUGCGGAUUGAUUGAAUAUAUGUAAUUUUUUCAUUGACGUUCCGAUUGAGCCGUUCUGUUCCAUGCUCCGAGAGUUAACAUAAUUCCAUACAUCACAAUAAACCAUUCCGAUCACAAUGAACGACGAGCACACGACAAGGACAACAAAUGGACCCCUAGUAUUCUAUCACCAUGUUGGCAAACUUGCGAAGUUAGCUCAAAUGUCAUUGUUAGCCGAGUUAAUGCUCAUUCGUCAAAAUCCAAAGUGUCAGAAGAAUAAAAAAGGACGUUCAAAUGCAUAUGCAUAUCAAUAUGAACAUCAUCUGAUUCGACCAGAAUUACCACCAUCCAUCCGUUCUGAAAUGGAAUGUCUUAAUUACGAUAUGCAUAGAUCUAGAGUAAAUUGGUGGACUUUUCAUUACGAAUGUGUUUUCUCGCAUCGUGAAUCUCCCGAUAGUAUGAUCGUUUUACUUCCUCUACUGGUUUGGUUACCCGACGCUUCAAUCAGUUUUGAACAAACCGCUAGAAAGAUGCUAAACAGUGAUGAAUUGACCAACGUUGAGAAAUUCAUGGUCGCAUGUACAUAUUGUUUCAUGGAUGAUGUGGUACGUUUACAGCAGACAUUGACGGAAAACGAGUUGAGAGAUGCAACCAGUGGCGAUCAUGGGAAUGGAGUUCCAUUCCUGGAUUAUUGGCACAGCAAGUUGUCUGAUUUCUUCGAUGAUUUAUACUCAUUGCACAUAAAUCUACUCGUUCGAUUAGUUAAUUCUCAGAAGUAUCGCGAUAACUGGUCGGCAGUGAAAUAUUUUUGGAAUCAAUUAAACUAUGAGAAGCGCUUAUCCGAAGCUGUUGAAGUAAUCGACGCAGAUAGACCUGUUUAUACGUGGCAUCUAUUGGUUGAACUAUCGAGCACCGAAUUAGACGUCGUAAUUGAACGAAGAAGUUCUCGAAUAAUACGAACAUUGGUGAAAGAGCUAAAGUACCUCGAGUACAUCGUACCAACUUGGAAACGUAUGGUGAAUGUAAUCAACGAUCAAACACUCGCUGAUAUCUUACGCUUCAUGCAUGAAUUUCAGGACUUUAGUCGAUGCUGUUUGGAUCCUUUGUUAUGGGAAAUGUGGCUUUGCAUCUCAGAACGCCAAAAGAUGUUUAUUGUUGAUAACCAUAUCUGCGAUUUUGUCCAGACAUCGCUCAACAUCGAAUGUGAUUUCUACUACACACAAAAUUUCCCUCUCAUCAUAGAUUUACUUUCACGGUUCAGUGCCAAACGCCGACUUCAAUACUGGUUGCGACAUUGGCCUUACUUAGUCCCCGGUCAACUUUAUUAUACAGGAAACAGAAAUUCUAUCGAUCAGAUCAUGAAGCUUUGCCUCGUCGAUGACGAAAGAAUCGCCGCUUUUAAAUGCACCACGAUGCUCAAUUACGAUUCGAUAUCACCUUACUAUGAACAUCACUUGUACUACAGGCGUUUCUUUAAAUUACAGAUAUAUCUGGAAUUUUGUACCUCAGAUCUGCAGUUGAUUCGCAACAUGAAGAAACAAAUCGUAACAAAGGCAUCGAAGCAACUUCAAUUAAAAUUUUUCUUUUCAUGUCCGUCACAUGAACCGGAUGACUUCAAUUCAUUUAUCGAAGGUGUGUUUACUCCGACCGAGUACGAAGAAUUCUUUUAUACAAUUAUUUCGCAUCCUGAAAAUGUUGAAACGUUGUGCUCUUCGUUGUGCUCGUAUAGAAGUGCUGAAGAAGUUAUUUCGGUCAUUGAUAAGCACUUGACGUCUGAAGAACACCUUGCCAAAGUAAAAUUCGAAGUUUUUGAAGAAUGUCGUCAAAUUGAUGAAAUGAAAGCAGCAACGAUGGUAGAUGUAAUGGCGUGGUGUUUUAACGGAGACAAAAUUCUUGUCGAACAGUUCCAUAAAUUGUUACCUCCGGUUAGUGAAGCAAAUGAUGAAGCGAUGGAAGAAGAGCCAAUAUCCAUCUAUGAAGCUUUUCGCGAGGAAUGGAUGUCAUAAGUUAGUAUACCUACCUAUAAUGUUGAAAUUCGAAAUUGUGAUUCUUAUUCAAUAAGACUUUGUUAGUAAGGUAUAAAGGUGUGUAGUUAUGUUUUUUUAAUUAGGUAUUAUUAUUUUUAUUUUUUGUUUCCAUCGCUUAAUUGUUAUGUGAUGAGUUACGAUAAAGGUACUUCUGAAUUAUUUUUUUUUAAUGUUUUACAUUUUAUAUCUGCAUACUAUAACUAUGCAUGAAGAAAGUGUGUUGUUGAAUAAAACUUCUUUGAGCUUUCGUCAUCGACUGGAUUUUAGCAGAUAGAUAUAUCUAUAAUCUGCAUAUUUUUGUCUUGUCAUUUUUACGUUUCAAGUCAAUUUCUUCGAAGUAAUGAUAUAUAAUAUAAUUUCUUGCCGGUGAA